GAUCAGCCCAGGUUUCUACAGUCGACCUGUGAGCCCGGUGAGCCCCCUCGUCCGAGAGCAGAGUGCCGGAACCCUGGGCUGGGCUUCGCGGAGCGUGCGGAAGGACCGGGAACGGCGCGCUGUUACCCCCGGUUCCGUCCGCGCAGUGCGGCGGAGCCUGGCGCGACUGGAGGUGGAGCCCUUGCCCUCGCUGGCGAAGGGGGCCCUCCGGCACCGACAGCCCCAGGCGUCGGUGGCACAAGCCCAGGAGAGUGACCCCAAGAGCCCCCAGAGGCAUGAGUGUCAGAUGGACUGGGACGCUGCGGAGCACGUGGGUCGACAGAUGCUGAAGAACGAUGCCUGGACCAAGAGGAUCUUCGAGGAGUUCGAUGGGGCGGCCUGCGGCUACCUUUGGCCCGCGGAGUUCGCAGCGUUGAGCUUUCGCUUCGAACAGGCCAUGGGCGGCUUCCUUGGCCGCUUCGGCUUCGACUUCGAUGAUGCUGACAUCAACAUGGAGGGUAGAAUCAGCCUCUCCGAGUGGCAGGAAUAUGCCAAGGAGCUGACGACAGCCUUUGGAGAGAUUCGCUGCAAGGUGGCGGUGCAGCGGAUCCUCGGUAGUCGGAAAGCAGAGCUCCGCCGGAAGGUGAAGCAUGUCUGGCUCUUCGACGGCUACGACUUCCAACCCUCUGUUCGGCUGCUGGAGAUGUGUUCAAAGGGGCACAAGAACCCAAGCAUCGUGCAGGACGUCCGCUCGGCCUUAGCAUCCAAAGCCGAUCCCAACGCCGGCCUGGCGAGUCCUUCCUUCAACAACUACACGCCGCUGAUUUUCCUAGCUAUGACCCCGGCGUGUGCCAACGGACCCCUGGUGGCCACGGCCAUGGAGCUCCUAAUCCUCGCGAAGGCCGAUGUCCACAGGGAAUGUGGCCAGAUGUUCACGGGCCGGUUGCUCCCUCUCCGCUUCGCGGCGAGGGCUCAGAACGAGUAUGGCCUCGAAGCUCUGCAGAAGCACGUCAACCUUGGCGACGUGUUUCAGUGGGCGGCAGGCGAGAACGCAGAGGGCAUCAUGCUCUCGGAGCUGCGCCGCUUCUAUGGGAAUCCCCUCGCUGAGACCAUCGAGGCCCUGGAUCCCUACAGCCAUGCGGCCAGCGCGCAGAUGAGGCUCUUUGCUUCGCCUAUGAUUGGCGGAUCCCUGAGCCCCGCCGGGGCCCAGCGGCUGUGCAGAGGGCUCUACGACGACGGGUACGUCCACAAUGGGCAGCGAGCCGACCCCAACUCACCUGGCCUCGAGGGCCACACUGCGCUGAUGCACAUGGUCAUCGCGGGAAACGUGCCGACCAUCCAGGCGCUGAUGGCCUGCCGCGCGAGCUUGGAGCAGAGAGAUAGCAGUGGAGCCACGCCGCUCCACCAUGCGGCCUGCUAUGCCCAAUCGGCCGUGGUCAAGGCGUUGCUCGAUCUCGGCGCCGACCCCAGCGCCGUGGACCAGGCGGGCUACAGUCCCUGGAUGAUGGUCGGAGAAGCCAGGUGCUUUCACGUGGAGCAGGGCCGUGUGGUGCUGGCCAAGGAUAAAGCCAGCGAGGAGGACAUGAGGGAAUGCCUAGAUCUAUUGAAGCCGGAGACCUUCCCCGGCGACCUCCUGGAAAGGGCCGAGACCGGCAUCGAAAGCUUUCUUGAUAGCCUUGGUGCUCCGGUGACGACGGAGCUGCUUGAAAAGCGAUUGCGCUUGCACGAGAGCCUCUUCUUCAAUCCGCGCUUGGCGAUUAAGGGUGCCUUCGAGGGCCGCGUGGUGCUGAGACACUUCAUCGAUCGAUGGGUCCACGUGAUCAUCAACCUGCUGCAGACUGAUCCUCUGGAAGGCCCCGCGAAGGUGCUGGCAAAGUAUCUCUUGAGCGCCACCCUGGGGCCGGAUUCACAGGCCUCCUGUGCACACGUUCACUCCAAGUGGCGCAAGGACGACAAUCGCAGUUGGUAUCGAGAGCGUCUCAUGGAGGCCGUGAAGCACCAGCUCCACAUCUUCGCGGCAGAGUGCAACUUACUGCGGCGAGAGAUCGACGCAGCUGCCGGCACGGCGCGGCUCGCAGCGAACCAGGCGGCCGUGGAGGAGCAUGAGGCUGCCCUCCCGGAGGGCGACGAGGACGUGCCGGCAUUGCAGAGGGCCCCGUCCAUGCGGGCCUGCCUCGACCUGUGUCAGGUGCCGAAAGACCAGGUGAUCAUUCCGCAGUCUUGGCAGGAGGACCCCUUCUGGCGAACCGUACAGGAGCGGCAGGUGCUUCGCUACGAUCCCUCCUGGGCACUGCAGAUCCACGACGGCGCCAGCUGUUUCCUGCAGCUUGUGCGCCUUGGAGUGCCGAAGGACCGCACAAAGAAGCUGACCAGUAAAGAGGCCUGCGUGGUGUCCACCAUCGCAGAAUACAGCACCCUCCGGCAAGUCAUGCACUCACAGAUGAAGGAGCUCUUUGCUCGUGGGUACAUCACCUACUCCAACCUCUGCAACCUUCCCUACCAGGAGAAGAUGAAGGAGGUGGUGGCACGCGCGCAGCAGGCUGCCAACCUGACGGUGGAGAUGCCUAGCUCUGUGAUUCCGCCAAAGCGUCUUCGACGGCUCCUUGAGAAAACGCUGGAGGCCGAGAAGGAGCGGAAAGGAUGGGAGUGGCCCGACCGCCCGGAGACGUACCUGCGCCACGCCUACAGUUUCUACAUCCUGGACACUGUCAGGAUGAGCUUCGUGUGCAAAGGCGAAACGCUACCUGAACAGGUCCGCUGUUGCAUGCGGAUCCUUCAGGAGUUCCGGGACUGCAGCAACGAAACAGACGGGGUCCAGCUGCUUCGGAUAAAAUCUGGCUUCGCCUCGGGUGCGAAGGGCGACGGCGGCUACGCCGACGUGAAGAUGCUGUGCUAUGCGGAUCUCGGCGUCCAUGUGGCUUUCGACGGCACGGAGAUACCGCUGCGGAUCAUAGGAGAGAUCCAGCUGAUCCUCGAGGGCUAUGCUAACGUGAAGAAUCGCUUCUUGGCGCAUGGAA